GGGCCGCGGCCGGGCCGUGUGGCCGCCAUGGUGCGGGCGUUCGUGCUGCUGGCGCCGGGCGGGCCCACCGGCCACGCCCCCUGCCGCGUGCUGUACGCGCGCGCCUUCGGGACCCCCCCCGGCGCCGCCCCCGGGGGCCCCCGGCAGCGCCUCCGCCGCAAGGAGCAGCUGCUGGUCGUGGCCAGGCAAGUGGCCUCCCAGUGUCAACUGCUUCAGUCAUCCCUGGGGCGCCCGUCCUCCCCACAGCUUCCCCAGCUGCCCGAUGAGCCGAUGUCACUCCAAGAUGCUCCAGGGGGUCUUUUCCAGAUGCCCCCCGGAGACCCAUUCCCUGAGCGGGUGACAGUAGUCUGGUUGUCAGUGCUGGCCCUCGCCUUCGCCUUGGUUUGUGAGCCCCAAGAGAAUCUGUCGCUGGCUGAGAUGACCCUGCGGCGCCUGGCUCCCCGCCUGCUCCUCUCCAUGCGCCUCCUCGGCCCCGGCGCUGACGUCCUGCUCCGUCCUGAUGCCGCCGAUGGCCUCCUGGACCGUCUCCUGCCCCAUGGGCAGAUGCUUUUUCUCAAUGAACAUUUCCUCCAGGCAGUGGACCGAGAGCUGGGUAUCAAAGUGUCCCGCUGAGCUACAGAUGACAUUCCUGCCUACCACCCCGAGAUAUUUUUGAGGGAUGGGAGACAAGAGAUCUGAGAUGGUCACCAAGCCCCAGUGGGAUGGAUGAGAAACAUAGUUCAGGAAUAAAGAGCAACUAGCCAGCUAAGAGCAGGGUUUUAAUCCAUUUAUCCCCCAACACCAUCAUGGGAGAGCUAAUAGCCAUCCCCAAAGAUCCACCUGGAGCUGGGACAGUGCCAAGUUCCUGCACUGUGUUCCUGCACCAGUCCACGUGCACAUGAUAGCGAGUGGAGGCUACACGUGGCUGUGCAUGGACACUAAAAGAGGGACUCUGGAUUGUGAUUACCCAGCUGGGCACUGUGGGGCACGCAGGUUUCCAUGGCUUUGGGAUGGGACCUUGCCAGGGUACAUGGGGCAAGCAGGGGUGUGCAUCCGGCCCUAAGGCAUUGGGGUCUCUGUGUAGAGGAUUAAAUAAUCAGGCAGUGGGGCAGGGUGUAGCCUUGUGCCUGGCAUGGCAGGGUGCUUGUCCCUAGAUGGUGCUGCUUGGCGCCAGGGGCUCUGUGUGACACCUUGGGAGGUGGCAGGAGCUGGUACCCACCUACCCAGCUCUGCAGGUGCAGUGGGGAGCAGGGUCCUACCUUAGCAGUUUCUGGGUGCUGGGAAGUCCAGGGAGCCAGGAGCUGGCGUGCACAGCUCUUACGCCACUGUGCUGGGAACAGGCUGGGCACUGCCAGGCCGUGCAGAGGGGCUGUCACGGGGCCAGACCCCAAAGUGCUUUCCUUUGUAACUGCACCAGUAAAGCUGGAGCACCUGAGGGUGGUGCUGGGCACUGGGCUUCAGCCAUGGUGGGUCUCUGUCUGUGCCGGGGGAUCUCAGUGUGCGCUGGAGGUGUGGGGGCAUUGGAGCCCACUGUGGCAUCCCACCCUUAAGGGGAAGGGAGCACCGUCUGCACCUUCCCAUGUGAUAGCAGCUGUCACAUACUGCACCCACAACUGGCUUGAAUACAACCAAGAGCCAAAGAGACACAUUAUCCUGGAGAGUUUCAAUGGUGUUAGCAAUUAAUUGUUGAUGAGAAUCAACUGGAAUCUGAAUGUGUGGGCCAUUAUUGUGUCUGCACUGAUAGAAUUCCAGUUGCUGGAUUUCAAUAUCACCUGGUUUAUGGCCAAAAUUCUCUCAAAAAUCAGCCACCUGAAUUGGAUCAAAUGGGAUAGUUAUUUGUGUGUGAUUUUCCUCUCCAUCCUGAGAUCUCGUAGAUUCAGGGGGAGUUGAAGGAGAUAAAGAAUCAUCUUUUCCUGAUUCUCUGUCAUGGGGGUCAUCCUGUAUGUUUCCAUCCCAUGUAAGUCUGCCAGACUUUUCCUGGAACUUUGAUACCGUGGUCACCAUAUAUGGCACUUUUUUGGUAGCAGUUUGCUGACCCUGUCCAUCAUCUGUAUUUCAAUUUUAAAUAAAGGUCAUCAUGUUAUUUCCUCAUCAUCAGAUGAAAA